AUGAAUCCAAAUACACCUUUCAAUGAACGCUUCCAUAAGAUUCAAGAGAAAUUGAAUUCAAUCCCAUUACAACAUGAUCACUCAAAGGCUCAUCGUAUUGAUACGAUAUGUGGAAGAAUUACAGCAGUUGAAGAGAGAACUCAAGAUACAAUUACAUCUUACAAUAGAAAGCUUCACUCAUUAAAAGAUGAGAUAGUUCGUUUUUAAAAACAAAUUGAAGAAGAAAACAAUGCAUUUGAAACUCAAUUUGAACAAAGAGUAAGAGAGAUUGCAGCAUUUGAAAGUCGCAUCACAACCAAAUUGGAAUAGGAAAUAGCAUUGAGAAGAGAUGGAAAUCUAAAAUUACAAGGAUACUUGGAUGAGAAGGUUGUAUACUUGAAAUCUGAUAUCCAGACUGAAGGCAAAAUCAGAUAAGAAUAAAUAGAGAACAUUACUACAUCCUUAGAGAACGAUCUACCAAAAUUAUAUGACAUGGUGAAAACAGAAGGAUAAGAUAGAGAAGAUAGUGACAAUGGUACCUUGAGAAGAGCUGGAGAUGAAAUACGUCGUCUUAAUGAAGGAGUGGCUAAUCAAAAGAAAUUGAGAGAGGAAUCAGAAACAGCCAUCUUUGAGAUGCUCAAGGAUCUAGUGUCAAGAGUAAAGAGUGAAAUAGAAGAGGAGAAAAAACUAAGAGAAGAAUCGCAAGAAUCAUUAUUAGGUUUACUCGAAGAUGCAGCAAAUAAAAUUUAUAAGGCAGCCAAAGAUUGAUCAUUCAAAGAAAAAAAGUAUAUAAACACAUUCAAAUAAAUUUUAUU